AUGUCCGUCAUCAAUAUCCACGGAGGAGCAUUCCAUCUCGGCUCCUCCAAGAUGGUCAACAAGGACCAAGUAGCUGACUGCCUCAGCAGAGGCUGGAUUGUCAUAGCCCCAAAUCAUCGUCUGUGCCCUCAAGUCACGCUUCUAGAUGGGCCGAUGAGAGAUUGUCGUGACCUCCUGGGAUGGGUGUAUGAUGGUGGCCUUCAGAAGGCCCUUGACGCUAUUAAUGCUGAUGGAUCAUAUGCCGUUGACACUGACCAUGUCUUUGCGUUUGGAACGUCGUCUGGUGGCACUCUAUCUCUUGCCUUGGGCUUUGGAGUUGACCGUCCCGUUGCUGGUAUUUAUGACAUGUACGGGCCUAGCAACUUCACACACGCGUUCUGGGAGAAGCCGUUGCCGCACGUGGCAGCAAAAUUGCCCAAAGGUCUCACAAAGGAGUUCAUGGACAAAGUCUUUGACGAAGACCCAGUGCCCAUCCUCGGAGGCGUGUCACUGGAAGGUCAAGCGCCGGGGCCGCCCAACUUUGAUGACCCGAGACAGGCGUUCGCAAUGACACAAAUAGCCACCGGCAAUGUCAUGAACACCAUUGUUCCUGACAAGAACUGGGAUGCGGUCGACCCCAUCAGAAACAUCACUCCCUCUUUCCCGCCGACUUUCAUCGUGCAUGGACAGGCGGAUACCAUGGUGCCUCUUGAGCUUAGCCAAGAUUUGAUCAAGGUGCUGAAGGAAAAGGGGGUCAAAUCUGAGCUGAGGGAAAUUCCGGGCGAGGAACAUACGUUUGCCGCCAAGAUGAAGGUGGGAUCCCAGACUUGGAAUCUUCAAAGAGAAGGCUUCGACUUUUUGGAGAGCUUGAUAAAAAAGUGA